UGUGUGUGUGGACAUCUGUGUGCAGGGAACUGGUGGGUGUGAAGAAGGACUGUGUUGUGGAGUACAUAUUUUCGCACUGCAUUAUGCAAAUACUGCUCACUCAUUGCAAGUGUGGCUUUCUCUUCUCUCCUUCCCUCUGCAGCAAGUACAGACGUGUGUGUGGGACGUGUCCAGCUCGUUUAAGAUAGUCCUGGUGAACGGCAGCAAGGUGAACGCGGAGGAGACUGCCAAGGUCCAGGUGAGGGCGGGGCUCUUCCACGGCACUGAGCUGCUCUGCAAGCCGGCGGUGAGCAGCGAGAGCAGCGGCCGCUCGGACCACACGUGGAAGGACAGCACGCUGGAGUUUGACCUCUCCGUCUGUGACCUGCCACGCAUGACCCGCCUCUGCUUCGCCAUCUACGCCGUCAUGGAUAAGGUCAAGAAGCAGAAGUCCACCAAGAAUGCCCACAUAAACAAGUACCAGACCAUCCGCAAAGCGGGGAAAGUGCACUACCCUAUAGCUUGGGUCAACACUAUGGUGUUUGACUACAAAGGCCACCUGAAGACCGGAGACAUCAUCCUGCACUGCUGGUCGUCCUUUCCUGACGAACUUGAAGAGAUGCUGAACCCCAUAGGGACCAUUCAGACCAACCCGUACACCGAGAACGCUACAGCGCUGCACAUCCACUUCCCAGAGUACUCGUCACACUCCAUCGUCUUCCCUCCCUUUGACAAGAUAUUGGAAAAAGCUGCAGACAUCGCCGGAGCAAGUGACUGCGGGACUAUGGGUCGCGGGGGGAAGAAGUUCCACAUAGAGCUGAAGGAGAUCAUGGAGCGCGACCCGCUCUCUCAGCUGUGUGAAAACGAGAAGGAUUUGAUUUGGACACUACGCUACGACUGCAGAGAGAACUUUCCUCAGUCGCUGCCCAAGCUGCUGCUUUCCGUCAAGUGGAGCAAACACGAGGACAUGGCCCAGCUCCAGGCACUGCUUCAGAUCUGGCCCAAACUGAGUCCCAGAGACGCUCUGGAGCUUCUGGACUUUAACUACCCUGACCAGUAUGUCAGAGAGUAUGCAGUGGGCUGUCUGCGAGAUAUGAGUGAGGAGGAGCUGUCUCAGUACUUGCUACAGUUGGUGCAGGUGUUGCGCUACGAGCCCUACUACGACUGCGCCCUCACCCACUUCCUGCUGGAACGUGCCCAGGGCAACCGCAAGAUAGGACACUUCCUCUUCUGGCACCUGCGGUCGGAGAUCCACAUGCCGGCUGUUUCUGUCCAGUUUGCCCUCAUCCUGGAGGCCUACUGUAGAGGCAGCAUCCCUCAUAUUGAGGUUCUAAAGAAACAGGUGGACGCCCUGAGUAAGCUAAAGUCGGUGAACGAGCUCAUCAAGCUGGGAACCAUCAAGAACGCUCGGAGUAAGACCAAGGAGGCCAUGUUGACCAAGGAGGCCAUGAUGACUUGUCUGAGGCAGAGCGGCUACUCAGAGACUCUGUCGGACCUUCACUCCCCUCUGGACCCCAACAUCCUGCUGUCCGGCAUCAAUGUGGAGAGGUGUCGGUACAUGGACUCCAAGAUGAAGCCACUCUGGAUUGUUUACAACAACAAGCUGCUGGGGGGAGACACCCUGGGAAUCAUCUUCAAGAAUGGCGAUGAUCUAAGGCAAGACAUGUUGACCCUCCAGAUUUUGAAGUUAAUGGAUCUGUUAUGGAAGGAGGCUAAUCUGGACCUCAGAAUCGUACCGUACGGUUGCCUAGCAACAGGUGACCGCGCGGGGCUGAUCGAGGUGGUCUCGUCGGCCGACACGAUUGCCAACAUCCAGCUGACCAGCAGCAACGUGGCAGCAGCGGCCGCCUUCAACAAGGAUGCCUUGCUCAACUGGCUCAAAGAGAGGAACUCUGGUGAUGCUCUCGAGCGGGCCAUCGAGGAGUUCACUCUGUCGUGUGCAGGCUACUGUGUAGCCACCUACGUCCUGGGAAUCGGAGACCGCCACAGCGACAACAUCAUGGUCCGGAGCACCGGACAGCUCUUCCACAUCGACUUCGGUCACAUCCUGGGCAACUUCAAGUCCAAGUUCGGCAUCAAGAGGGAGCGAGUGCCAUUUAUCCUCACACACGACUUCAUCCACGUCAUACAGCAGGGCAAGACGGGAUACACAGAGAAAUUUGGCAGUUUCCGUCAGUACUGUGAGGAAGCCUAUCUGGUCUUGAGGAAGAACGGGAACCUCUUCAUCACCCUGUUUGCCCUCAUGCUGACCGCGGGACUGCCUGAGCUCACCUCAGUCAAAGACAUCCAGUACUUAAAGGACUCUCUGGCUCUGGGUAAAACAGACGAGGAGGCCCUGAAGCAGUUCCGCCAGAAGUUCGACGAGGCCCUGAGGGAGAGCUGGACGACCAAAGUCAACUGGAUGGCCCACAACGUGGCCAAAGACAACCGCUCCUAGAGCAGCUUGAGGUCCCUCAGAAAGGUCACAGGGGCCAAGAGGACACAGUGAAGGAGUGUGCGGUAUGGAGGAAAAGGUGUGCAAAGGAGACGGGGUGACGGCCGCCCUCAUCUAAAGAAGGGAAUCUAGCAGAAUACACCAAACACGAGCAGAU